AUGGCCAUGGCGGCCUCGGCUGGAGAUGUCGAUCGGAUCAGCGCCCUUCCCGACGAUUUGCUUCACCUCAUCCUGGGCUUCGUGCGCGACGCCAAGUCCGUCGUUCGCACGGCCACGCUGUCCAGGCGAUGGCGGCGCGUGUGGAUCUAUGCGCAGCAACACCCAAAAUCUCUCAGCAUCAGCUUCUCCAGAUCUUCGCUCGUGUACACCUCGCAGGAGAAGGUCAACGGGUUGCUCCGCUACGCCAUGCAGCGCGUCGUCAAAUCUUUCCGUCUUGCCCUCCCAGUCCUAAGGGUAAGGGCAACGUCGUCGUCGUCCCCUCUCCGUGUGGAUGGACCGCUGGCUGUCGUGUUGCCCGACCAUGGGAGGAUGACGUCCAUCUCGUUGUCCCUAAAAGCACGCUACAGGAUCCAGCUUCCGGUGUCCGCGUCGGCCAUGUACGAAGCGCUUACAGAGCUCAAGCUUACCAAUGUGUCCUUCUUCGGCGACGAGGACGACUGCAGCGCCGCCGGGCGUACCCUUGGAGACUUCGUGUCGUCCUGCUGCCCUCGCCUGCGUAAACUUGACCUCCUCUUGCUCAAAGGAUUGGCCCAGCUUGCCAUCCGCUCCGAGACGCUCGAGACGUUUAAGCUUCGAUCUGCAGAGGACCUCCGAGUGCUGGACGUCGCCGCACCCAACCUUGGCGUCCUCGAGCUACACGACUGCUUUGGCGAUGGCAGCGACGACGUCGACAACGACGAGCACGUCACUGUGGCCAGAACCAGAAUCAUCGUGUCGUCGUCGAGGCUGCAGGAGAUUGGGAUACGCCACCUUUACUGGUGGUGUCGCCGUCCGGACCUGGAGAUACAAGACCUAACAAGUGUUUGCCGGAUCAGCAGUCUUCGUGUAAACAUGCACGGGCAAUACUAUGAUCGCGCCACGGACGUUGGUUUCUGGCUGUUGGAGAAGUGCCCUAGCGUUGAACACCUAGACGUGGAGCUUGAACAUCAGCCGUCUCCUAGCAGUGUCAUCGAGGGUCAUCAUCACGUUAUUGCUGAUUUGACGUUGGAAGACGCGGCGCCAUUUGCCAGUGUUAGGAGCAUGGAUAUCACCAUGAGCGCACAUCAGUUUCAAGAUUGUCAACUAGUGUCGAGUAUAUUUGCGCUGCUUCUGAAGUGCCCACGCCUGAGAUCGUUGAGUAUUAGGAUCGUUGACGAAGAUGCAGCAACAAGCUGGAUGCCAAUGCCACGGAAGUGUUUCUUCUGUGAUGAUCAGUAUGCGUGGACAGAUCACCGGGCGAUCUCCUUGGAAUCACUUGAAGACGUGAGAUUAAUCGGUUUCGGAGGAGCGGAUGAGGACAUGGACCUUGUGAGAUUGUUAUUUUCAAGCUCCAAGAACUCAAUCAAGAGCAUGACUUUAGAAGAAAUAACUAAGACUUCCGGUACGGUUUCUUUGAAACGGAUGACGGCAGAAGAUGAUGAUGGCACGGAGACGAUUGAUCAGAAACUAAUGAAUAUCCCUGCGGUUGAUCGCGGGCGUUGGCAUUUUGGGGACGCCAUAUACACUUGGACGUGCUAG